CUUAGAUAACACUUGUGUUUUGUAAUAGGUAAUAUUAUACCAAAAUUCAGUAGAAUUUUUAUCUGAUUUGAGUGACAGCAGAAUUCGAAAUGAAAUUGUUGGUUCUUCUCUCCGUUCUUGCGGUGGCGCAAUAUUCCGUCGGACAAAAUUUUGUCAAAGUCGACACUAGUAAGCAAGUCGAUCAAACAUUGGUCGCAGGCUCCAGCGGUAAGCCGGUGGUCACGGCCGCCACACAAAAACUUGAAGCAGUUCCUGGUUUUCUGAACGACUUUAAUCUGAUGACCAGAAUCGCGUUGGUUGAAUCAAAUUACGGGGAAAAUAAUAAAGGAUCGCUGGGUGGAAUUUGGGAGAUUACCACGUCGAUUCAAGCAACUUUGCGUGGAAGUCUCUCUUCGUCGGUUCAAACCAUUGUAAAUGAAGCUGGGUGUAUUCUGGGCCAAGAGAACACCAAUUUGACCAACACAGACUUCAGCACUCCUAUUCGGUCCGCUUUCGCCGCACGUAUAUUCAUCCAACAGAGCGUGGGAUCUUCUGCCAUUCCAAUAACACUCACACAGCAAGCGACAUGGUGGAGCACUGUAUAUAGACCCGGAGCAAAUGCAACCAAAUUUAUUGAGUUGGUUUCGCAAGUAGAAAACGUUACAGUCGGCUGUGCCACUCACAAACUGGACUUAUGGUUUGUCAUCGAUGGCAGCGGAAGCGUCGGUUUUAGCAACUUUCAAGACAGUCUAAGGUUUCUCGCUAGUUUGACAAAACGAUUCACAAUCGGCCCCGACGACGUUCGUGUUGGAUUUUCUGUGUAUUCCUCGACGUCCACCAUACAUAGCCACUUUAAUCAACACAUGAACAAUUCUGCAUUAGAAGCUGAAAUUCUUGGUACUUCAUACACAGGAGGUGGCACAAGCACUGGUAGGGCAAUAAAUGAUGUUUUAAACAACGGAUUCGUGGAAAGAAAUGGGGCAAGACCUGCUUCCGAAGGUGUGCCACGUAUUUUGGUAGUUAUGACUGAUGGUCAGAGCGGCGAUUCUGUGAAGACACCAUCUGAUAAUGUUAAAGCGGCCGGAAUUACUGUGUUUGGAGUCGGCAUUGGUAGUGGUAUAGAUAUCGCCGAAGUCAAUGAAAUAGCGAGCAACCCAGACAGCAGGUACGCUUACGAACUAACUGGAUUCAAUUUGCUGAACGUUUUAAGUCAACGACUCACAGACGAAAGCUGCCUUGCCACUGCAUCUGUUCCGGAUAGCACUUCUAUAUCCGUGUCCAUACAGUCCGGAGAACCACAUUUCUCUAAGUACAGUUUCCCGUCAAACGGUUCAAUCGAAUUGGUGUUCCAAACGCCACCUGGCGGAGCAGGAAUUGUUUACAUUUCUGGCAACGUGGCAAACCCAAGCGCAGCAUUGAACACAAUAUCUUUCAGAAUAACUGUGGGCAAAGUCACAAUUUUCUUGAACGCUGAGGCACUUAGAGGUGGCGUGAAACUUGGAAGCGGUUGUACAACUGUAACACAAAAGGAUAUAUUGGACGUAUUCACCACUGUGCAAAGUACAGGAAACACUAGUCUGAACCUAAAUGUGACUUCGACAUCUAAAAACGAGUCAACAUUACCGGUGCUCGGGCAAGAAUGUACAUACGGUGUAGCUUCUGCGCAAGACACAAGCGCACUACAAACAGUUCAAUGUGGCCCAAACCAGAUCUGUGCAACUUAUUAUGGGUCUGCUUCACUAGAUGGCGCAGCAGCAGAGAACGGAUCUAUAUCAGCUUGUGUAGAUGCGGACCAAUGUGGCGCAAACCACUGCUUACCAGUUGGCAGCACAUUUAAUGGAUAUACAGUCGUUACUUGUGAACGAUCAACCUGCUGUAAUAGUUCCGCUUGUAACCAACCAGUUUUCCCCCCCGCAAAUGUUACAGUGACAUGUCCUGCUGUUCCAGCCAACUCUCCUUUAGCAUUGCUCAAGUCCGAUUUCAUCUGCCAGUAUAUGAAGUGGACGUUCGAGAUACAAAAUGUUUGGCACCCAGUUUUCGACAAUUGGAGACAAAACGUGGCAGGAGUAAACACGCCAUUACCAAAUGUCCAAUGUAUGCAACUUGCUGUGACUUGCAGGAACCCAGGUCAACUCAGAUAUGUUAACUUAAUGUCGGGCACAUGUAGACUGCCCUACUGUGUGGAUGGACAUUAUUUAACCGGUCCUGGAAUUCAAGAGUGGAAAGUGGCGCACAAAUACUGGCAGAACCUUUACACGAUUUGGCAGAAUACAAACGUGGUCGUGUAAUGUGGGAACGUGUAUUAUAUCUUUUGCAUUAUAGCAACCAUAUAUCCAGUAGUUUGACACACAGAAAUUGACAUUAAAGUUCAAAAAGCAGCCAAUUUUAUUUGUAGCAUAAUCGUGUUCAAAUUGUGUGUUUACUAUAUUAGUUAACAAUUAACUCCUAUACCUGUAUUAAAGGCGUCCAAGUAAGAUAAACACGGUCAGCAGCCUGUGAGAGCUCAUGGCAAAAAAAGCGUUAGAAUAAUUUUUGGCGUUUUUUUCUGAUUGCUGAUUAUAAUUUUCUCGCGUAGCUUCAAACUUGUUUCUUUCUUCAAUAAAACACCUCCUGACGCAUC